CGUUUCUCCUGUCCUCUGCUCUGUUCAGCUGUAUAGGCCUGCACGAGUACUUGUCGCUGCCGGUUCUUGCUGAUUUAUAGUUGUUUUUACGCGUAAUGGCUACCAGAGAAUACAACAUCGUCGUCCUCGGCGCAGGAGGCGUGGGAAAAUCUGCUCUUACUGUUCAAUUUUCACAAGGCGUGUUUCUCGACUCGUAUGACCCGACCAUCGAAGACUCCUACCGCCGCCAGAUCGACGUCGACGGGCGAUCGUGUAUGCUUGAGAUUCUCGACACGGCGGGCGUGGAGCAGUUCACGGCGAUGCGCGAGCUGUACAUAAAGUCCGGCCAGGGCUUUCUUCUCGUGUAUUCGGUGACGGACCGCGCGAGUCUGCAGGAGCUCAUCAAGCUGCGCGAUCAGGUGUGUCGGAUCAAAGAUUCGAAGAAUGUGCCGAUUGUGCUGGUGGGAAAUAAAGCCGAUCUUGCGCACGCGCGCACAGUCUCUUUUCAGGAGGCGAAGACACUAGCUCAGAAUUGGGGGACUAGUUCUUUCUACGAGACCUCUGCGCGUACAGCUGCCCAUGUUGAUGACGUGUUUGCGGAUAUUGUGCGACAAAUACAGCGACGCGAGUCUGCGAGCAGCUCUUCAACAGCCGCCACAUUCCCGGUCCCGCCUACGCCUUCCUCUUCGUCUAGCUACUCCUCGAAUGGGCAUGGGCGCAAUCCGUCCGCUUCAGAGAAGCACGGGCACGGGCACAGCUACAGCAUUAGCGCGCUCUCGGACAAGCGGUCGUCGGGGAAGCGCAACAGCGGGCGCAACAGCGAUCUUCCGGUGUCCAAAGGCGGAUUCGAGCCCAAGAAGAAGAAGAAAACCGGCGGUCUCUGCGUGAUUCUGUGACCGGUGCAAAUCACUCGCUUUCACUGAUAUGAAAAGUCCACACACACUCGUUUAAUUCGGUUGAUAUAGCCGGAAAGAUACUGAACAUACUUGUUCCAUUAGCCCCGGAGUGCUACUUCCACUCUGCCACCAUUGCCGUCCCUGCCUACGGCCUACAUCGACUAAUCUGCUGGC